UCCAUCUAUAAUCUGUGAUUUUUUUUUAUUUUUUUUUAAAGAAAAAAAGUCAAAAUUCUCCAAUUCCAGUUUCUUAAAUGUGAAUAUAUUCUUGUUUCUUUGCUCCUCUAUGACAGUUAACUGAAUAUCUUUGGGUUGUUGACAAAACAAAACAUGUCAGGACGUCAUCUCUGGCUUUUGUAAACACUGAUUGACAUCUUUGAUAAUUGACAACAACUAAGUGAUUGAGCAACAAAAUAAUCAGCAGACUAAUCGACAAUGGAAAUAAUCAUUAUUUGCAGCCCUAGUCCUCGGAAUAAUUUCUGGUAAUUUGGUGGAUGUAAUAAUCAUAAAAUGAGCUUUUUGUUCUACAGCGUGACUGUUUGAGGGGAAAAAUUAAAUGGGCAUUUAUUUUAUUUUAUUUUAAUUUUCUUAUUUUAUUUUAUUUUAUUUCAAUUUUUUUAAUUUCAUUUUACUUUAUUUUAUUUUCAUUUAUUUUAUUUUUUUAUUUAUAUUUAUUUAUUUUAUUUUAUUUUAUUUUUUGGCCUCUUGAAAGUAGCAAAAACAAUUAUUAAUUCUAGUAAUUUUAAAGGUCCAGUGUUUAAGAUUUAGGCAUCUAUUGGCAGAAAUUGAAUACUAUUAAUAAGUGGGUUUUUCUUAGUGCACAAUCACCUGAAACAAACAGUCAUUAUAUUUUAAUUCCCUUAGAUGAGCCAUUUAUAUCUAUAUACGGAGCAGGACAUCUUACACCAUGUUGUUUCUACAGUAGCCCAGAACAGAGCCAAACGCUGGCUCUAGACAGGGCCAUUCAUAGUUCUUCUGCAUGCUUUGCACUGAGGAAAAUUUUCAGUUGAAUCUGCAACCUCUCCACUAGAUGACACUAAAUCCUACACACUAGAGCUCUCAGUUAGAGUAGUAAGGACAUUGUCUGACAUUAGGACAGCUUUGAAAUACUCUGCAGAUCAUGCAGGGAGAUUAAAUUUACAGAAAAUAUGUUUAACUGCUAAAACAAUUUGUACUUUUUUGGUUGUUGGUUAAUUAUUUCUUAGGGAGGACUAUGGUGGAGAAAUUUGGACUGCAGCCAGCAGUUCUUUCCCAAGGAGGAGAAAUGAAAUAGGCUCCUCCGUGCAGGUCGUUUACAGCCUCGGUGGACUUUACCUGCAGCACAUGACACACAAUGGAAAUGGAAAUGGAAAUGAAAGGAGACAUUUCUCAGCCUCUUACGUGUUCUAAUGACAGUGAAAGGAUUGACCCCUAUGGCUUUGAGAGACGUCACGAUUUCGAAUCCUACAAGGAGAUGAUGAAUGAGUAUGUGGCCGUCCUCAACAGAAGGUCGAUGAGAUGGUCCAAGCUCCUUCAAGAGAAGCCGCACGUGGAGAAGAACCUGACAGUGAAAAGGUAUGUGCGUAAAGGUGUGCCCAAUGAGCACCGUGCCAGGAUUUGGAUGGCAGCCAGUGGUGCAGAGAAACAACUGGAGAGCAACCCGGGUUAUUACCAGUCUCUGCUGGCCAUGGAGCACGACGCCAAGCUGAAGGAGACCAUUCACACAGACAUGCACAGGACCUUUCCUGACAACGUCCUCUUCCAGAGUCAAGCAGAACCGAGCCUGCAGAAGGCUCUGUACAACGUGCUGCUGGCCUAUGGACACCACAAUAAGGAAGUGGGGUACUGUCAGGGCAUGAACUUCAUCGCAGGCUACCUCAUGAUCAUCACAAAAGAUGAAGAGAAGUCCUUCUGGCUCAUGGAUGCAUUGUUGGGCAGAAUGCUGCCAGACUUCUACAGCCCGGCCAUGUUGGGCCUGAAGACAGAUCAGGAGGUUCUCGGGGAGCUGGUGAAGGCUAAAGCUCCUGCAGUAGGACAGCUCAUGGACCAGUAUCCUGGUAUAUGGACACUGGUGGUGUCUCGCUGGUUCAUCUGCCUCUAUAUUGACAUACUCCCAAUUGAGACAGUUCUGCGGGUCUGGGAUUGUCUUUUCUACGAGGGCUCCAAGGUUCUUUUCCGUGUUGCUCUGACUCUCAUAAUUCACCACCAGCCGGAGAUCCUGAGAGCUCGCUCUUUGACCGAUGUGUGCGAGUGCUUCAAACAAAUCACCAGUGGAGCUUUCACUCUGGACUGCCACACCUUCAUGCAGAAAAUCUUUACAGAACCUGGGAGCCUGUCAAUGGCAACUAUAAAUAAACUGAGGGAGAAAUGCAGACAGCGAAUACUGGAGGAAGAAUAUGGACGGCCGUGAAGUUUUGGAUCCACUAUGUAUCCCUUUGGCUUUCAUUCAGUGUAAGGACGUUAACACUGUACUAUCAGGAACAAUUAACUAUUACCAAAUGGACAUACUGGUGGGUUUUUUGUUUGUUUGUUUGUUUGGUUGCCUCUGUUAAAAACAGCUAUUUUACACUCCAGUACCAGUGAACUGGAUAUCUGAAGGAUGUGCUGAAGCUUCCUCACUAAUGUAGAUUUUGUAUUUUUUACCUUGUCUUUUGUUCAUGGUCCCAUAUUCUGCUGCUAGAUACUUCAAGACCAAAGUAUUUCAAUCUGCCAUGCUUUUAAUUACUUGCACUAUAGUAGUGUUUCUUUGUUGUAGUAUGGUAAUUUGUUUUGUUGUUGUGGAGAACGGAGAAAAAAGGGAAUUGUUGCUCACCUGAAACACUAUUGUAACCAUCCAUUUCUCUUUCUGAAGUAAAAUCAGAUGUCCUAAUUUACAGAACUCAAAACAGCCUCUGCCAAACAAAGGUAAAGAGAAGUGGUGAUUUCAGUGUUCAGUGUUGCUCUCAAGCAACGGUUAAGUCAGGCGCUCCAAACCUGUGUUUGUAUAUUAAGUUUAUAAAUCCAGUAACAAAAGCUACUCAUUUCUGAGCUCAGACAAAAGGCUUUUCAAACUCAGUUGUCCCAGUUGUUAACAGCUAGAAACCCAGAGCCUCCUCAAAUCUGCACAAAGUUUUAAAAGAGCAGGGUACAUUUGUACAGGAGUAAAAAUAUAUUAAGACUCACAUUUAGAGUCACAAUUCUGGGCAAUAAUAACUUGUACAUUAUCAUUUAAAUGAUGAAUGAUGAGACAACAGGCCCCUCAACAGACAUGACGUGUUGUUUGUUGUCAUUUUGUGUAUCACUGUGACGCAUUUAAUGUCUCUAUGGUAUCAUAUCUCUUUUUAGUAGUUUAGCAUCUCUUAAGCUGAUGACAUCCAUGAUAUGCAUCUGCACACACUGCGAUGCCACACAGCUGGUUCAUUAUCAGCAUCUGUGUUGAUCAGCAGUGAUGUGGUGGUUCACUUUUACUCUGUGAUCUGUAGCCUAUAGUUCAGCUUUAGCUUCUUUGUCUUUUUAACCUGUUGUUGCUGCUGAGUCAGUUUGACAUCCUGGAUAUAUCCUUCAAACACAGACUGUAGACCCCUCUGUCUGCUUCUAUCUGGAACACAGGGAUGUCCACUACCCUCCCUAGACUCUGAUGUUCUACUCCUCUGACAUCAGCCAUGCAAAUUGAGUCCAUGAACUGAUGUAAAUUUCACAUUUCCUGUUUCUACUCAGAUACUGAAGUGAAUGUGCUUCUUGUAACAGGCUCCAGGUGCCUGAGGGCAUUUCUAACAGUCAUACACCUUUGGACAACUUCCCCCACCCUGCCCUACAGACAGACAGACUGAUGAGCCCAGAAGUGAUCAAACUAUAAAGAAAUAGAACACCGUAGUUCAGAGUCCUGCAGGCUUUCAUUUCAGUCUACAAAACCUGCACGUUAAAGUCUAUCCACAGCUCAAAACUUAAACUGUUGUUUAACUAUUUUUAAAAGUCGGGAUUCUUUACACAAUAAUGUAAUUUAGUCGUUGAUACAGACAAAAAAAACAAAACGCAUAAUACCGCAGUUAUCCUCGAAUACUGUACCGACUCUUCUAAGAAGUCCAAACAAACCAGGAACAGGUUCAGCAACUGAUGAACUGUUUGAAGGCAAAACAAAAGUCAAACAGUCUCGUUCAUUCACUUUUAUUGACCUCUCCUUUAGAAAACAGUUCAAACAAAUCCAUUAAAACCUUAUUAAAUCACUACAUGAAUAUUUAGAUGCGGGAGAAAAAAACAACAUAAAAAAACAAAUAUCUGCAGUUUCUCCUACAACAUUGAACAAUGCAUAUUUAUGGUAGUAACAGUACAUGAAGGCUACGUGAGACACAAAGAAAAUGUCCCAGACAUGGCAGCACACAGUGUCAGUGAGUGAAUGAG